UCGGCCAUCUCUAGCAAGGCACCUCUUUUGAAACAAAAAUUAAACAUUUCUCUCGCCAAGUUCUCAGCGUCAAAGUGCACAAUUGAGGAAAUCCCUUCCUCGUAAGAUGUUUAAUGUAAACACCAGCUUGCAGGAAUCCGCAGCGCCGUUAGAAGUUGAAAACGCCAAUUCGCCGACAAAUAGCCAGUUCCACGAGCAGCGGCUGGUGGAACAGUUCUGCCGCCAGACGCAGCUGCUCAAGUUGGUGGAGGGCUCCGCCGAAAGGUUCGUGGAGCACUACCGGCGCACACGCCGCCCGGAGGAUCUGCUGGCACCCGUCCAGGUGCGCCUCGACUUUGACUACGCCCACCUGCUGGAGCAAGCGCCGCGUCUGCUGCAGCUGGUGCUGGAGGAGCCGCUGCAGUUCGGCGAGGCGGUCAGGUACACUGUCUACGGGCUGGUGAGGGCCCGCCUGAAGACCGCCGGCCUAAAGGCCAUCGAUAUUGGCCAGCUGCAUGCCCAGUGGCGGUUGGUGGGUCUGCCCUAUACGCCGUGCCUGCAGUUUGAGCCGCGGGAUCAGUGCCUGCGCCUGGGCUUAAGUCAGGUGCAGGGCAUCCUGGCAGCAUAUACGCCACGGGAGACGCUGGUUUUGCAAUCAAUUUGGUUCUGCAGCAGCGGCUGUAUGCGCAAUGCCAUACAGACCAGCUCCACGGAUGCUCCCUUGUGUUCGGGCUGCUCCCGGCCCAUGAGUGAAUACCAGAAGCUGAGAGUCACGGAAACAUUUCGCCUACUGGCCAUCCUGCCCUGCUCCGCCGUCCAGACGCCGCGUCUCCUUGGUUGCCUGCACCGCCCCAAACUGAUCCGAUUGCGAGCCCACAGCCACGACUGCGAGUUAAAGUUGGGCUCGGCGUAUCUCGUCACCGGCUACUUUGACGGUUCGGCCAGUACCUACCACCUGGAGGCAUGCCAUCUAAGAAGCAUCUAG